CGCACUCUUCUGCGAAGUUUUAGGGAAGGAAAUCGUUAUAACUAUAUAUGUCAACGUGGUAGGCUAGUGUAUAGGAUUCUAGUUCACAAAAUGAUGCUUAGUAUUAGAGUUGUGAUAUAUUUAUGAUCAAAUUGUCAAGACAUAAACUUAUCCUUACAUUCUCACGAGACCACAUGAUUGGUUGACAAAUCUGCCGGAAAGAUCACUUUAUAUAACGUUUUGGAGGGGUUGACACAUUGUUACUUUCUAUUUGGUUUCAGGAACUAAAUUUGUUACUUUUCUCAGAUCAGAACACAAAAAAUGUCCACUGUAACCGAGAGUCCCGUGCGCAUCGGCCAAUUCAAAAACAAGGGAAAAGAUGCUAAUGAAUUACGGCGAAGAAGAAUCGAAGUAAAUGUUGAACUUCGAAAAGCUAAGAAGGAUGAACAGAUCCUUAAAAGGAGAAAUGUCAGUAGCUUGCCAGAUGAAGCGACUUCACCACUCCAGGAGAAAAACCAAAACGCACAGCCCGCACAACAUUGGACCGUGGAGGAGAUUGUCAUUGGCGUAAAUAGCCAAAGCCGUGAUCAUCAGUUACAGGCCACACAGGCAGCCAGAAAGCUGCUUUCAAGGGAAAGGCACCCUCCCAUCGACAACAUUAUAGCUGCUGGACUGAUCUCCAAAUUUGUGGGCUUCCUUGGGUGCCCAGACUGUCCGCCCAUCCAGUUUGAGGCGGCCUGGGCCCUGACCAACAUAGCCUCUGGGACGUCCGAACAGACCCGAGCUGUGGUCGACAGUGGCGCUAUCCCGGCCUUCGUCAGUCUGGUGUCCUCUCCUCAUCCUCAUGUCAGUGAGCAGGCCAUCUGGGCGCUAGGCAAUAUCGCUGGUGAUGGUCCAACCUACAGAGACAAAGUCAUCAAGCACGGUGCUAUCGAUGCUCUCCUCACACUCCUGGCUGUUCCUGACUUGGCGAUCUUUUCUUCUGGAUACCUGAGGAACGUCACCUGGACCCUGUCCAACAUGUGCCGCAACAAGAACCCGUCGCCGCCGCUGAUGGCCGUGCAGCAGAUGCUGCCCACACUGCUGCGCCUCCUGCAACACAGCGACAAGGAGGUGCUGGCCGACGCCUGCUGGGCCGUGUCCUACCUGACCGACGGGCCCAACGAGCGCAUCGAGGUGGUGGUGCAGCAGGCAGGCCUGGUGCCCCAGCUCGUGCAACUGCUGGGCUGUGCAGAGAUCGCAAUCGUGACUCCGGCGCUGAGGACCGUGGGGAACAUCGUGACGGGGACGGACGAGCAAACCCAAACCGUGCUCAGCGCAGGCGCCUUGACCAUGUUCCCCACCCUCCUGCGUCACCGCAAGAACAACAUCCAGAAGGAGGCCGCCUGGACCCUGUCCAACAUCACGGCUGGAAAGGACACCCAGAUCCAGGAGGUCAUCAACGCUGGCCUGGUGCCUCUGAUGGUGGAAGCCCUGCAAACGGGAGACUACAAAACCCAGAAGGAGGUUGUCUGGGCCAUCACCAACUACACCAGUGGCGGAAACAUUGAGCAGGUGAUCUACCUGGUGCGAUGCAACGUGCUGGUGCCUCUGCUCAACCUGCUCUCUGCCAAGGAGAGCAAAACUAUCCUGGUCAUCCUGGAUGCCAUUUCCAACAUUUUCCUGGCAGCAGAGAAGGUCGCUGAGACGGAGAAAUUGUGCGUGAUGAUCGAGGAAUGCGGUGGCCUGGACAAAAUAGAGGCCCUGCAGUCUCAUGACAAUGAGACCGUUUACAAGGCUGCCCUCAACCUGAUUGAGAAGUACUUCUCUGAUGAGGACGAGGAGGACGAGUCUGUUGCACCCGAGACGACUACAGAUGGCUAUGCCUUCCAGAUCCCCGAGAACCAAAGCACUUUCAACUUUUAAAACAUCUUCACUCCUAUUUUUUCCUUGUCUGUCUUUGGCUGUAUUUUUGUAUUUGGGUAACUAUCAUGCAUUUCACUUGUGUACAUAAGUACAUACGUUCUUUGCUGUUUUACUAUAAACCCUGUAAAUAAACUUUAUUAAAAAAAAAUACUGGUUGAAAAUGU